GUUUGUAUGUUCUCAAAGCCUGUCCUAAAACAUGUCUAUUCACUCCGAGAUUGUAAGCCUCGAGACCGUCCGCCCUGGGGAGGUAGAAAGCCAAGAUGAAGCCUUGCGUCAGCCUAUCCGCCCAGCAGACAAAGGGCUGUCUGCUUGGCUGUUCAUACUUGCAUCUUUUGUUGCUGAAGCCAUUCUCUGGGGCUUCCCGCUGUCAUACGGCGUCUUCCAGGAUUACUACUCAAAGCAUCCUGCUCUCAAACAUGACUCAAACAUUGCCGUCAUUGGAACCGUUGCCACUAGUGUCUACUACCUUGGUGGACCACUCGCAACGCCCUUUGCAGCACGGUUCCAGGCAUGGCAGCGACACAUGAUCAUCAUCGGCUGGCUUGGAUGCGCCUUAUCCCUUCUGGCUGCCUCAUUUGCAACCUCGGUGCCUGGUCUCAUCGCAACCCAGGGGUUUCUCUACGGUUUUGCGUUCCUCUUUGUCAACUAUCCACUUCUGCGGAUGCUCAAUGAGUGGUUCAUCGAGCGCAGAGGCCUUGCAUAUGGAAUCAUGUCGACCGGUGCUGGUUGUAGCGGAGUCGGCUUACCAUUCCUUCUCGAGUCACUCCUUGCAAAAUACGGAUAUCAGACAACAUUACGCGCCAUGGCUGUGGCACAAUUCGUCACCUUACUUCCCAUGAUACCCUUCAUCAAAGGACGGCUUCCAGCCUCGAGACGAGGCACGUUGAAGAAAGGCGACUUCAAUUUCUUCAAAAGGCCGCUAUUCUACUGCUUUGCCUUCACCAACUUCCUAGAAGCUCUCGGAUACUACAUCCCUGCACUCUAUCUACCGACAUACGCAACGUCGUUGGGAUUGUCGGGGACGAUGGGUGCGCUGAUUCUAGCUGCGAACAAUCUAGCCACGGUCUUUGGCCAGCUCGCCCUCGGCUACAUCACAGACCGCGUCAACAAUGUUCUCGUUCUCGUCUUCGCCUCCUCAUUUGUUGCUGCAGUUGCGACCUUUGCCGUCUGGGGCUUUGCCUCGUCCCUUGCACCUCUACUUUCCUUUUCGUUGGUGUUCGGGCUGGCGACGGGCGGGUUUCCAUGUCUUUGGAAUAAGUUCGGAUCGACCCUCUCAGAAGACCCGGGGCACGUAUACAGUUUCAUGGCAUUUGGCAAAGGUGUCGGCAAUAUUCUGACGGGCCCGAUCUCUGCACUGCUGUUGAUGGGACCUUUGACACGUGGGUAUGGUCUUGGACGGUUUGCGCCGUUGAUCUUGUACACUGGAUCGAUGAUGUUGGCUUCAUCGAUGGGGAUUCUUGGUUGGCCGUUAAUGCGGCAGGCUGGUAAACGAUAG